CUGUACGCCCCCCGUAUAUGCAACCCUCUCUUUGAUUUUGAUUUCAACCGCCCCGUCAUUCUCCUCCUGCACAUACGAAUUCCAGAAAACCCCAUCAACAAUCACAAAACAUUACGAUUCUUUUCAUGGUGUUCAACAACAGAACACAGACUUCUUGAGAAAAGCUUGAUCAACUCACCGACAACACUCCAAAUUACGCAGAGUACCACCCUUUUCAAUUCUUCAAUUUACUUAUUUCAUUCACCUUGUUGUUGAAUUAUUAGUGUUUAAUUAAUCUGCUUAUACAUAUUACAUACCAAGUUAUUCAAUUCAGUUUCUGGGUACUUGAAAUCCACACCACACAAAUAGUUUCCAAUACAUACAUAUAUAUAUUGCCCUAGGGUUAUAACUACUUAUAACAUCAUGGACCCAAUUCAGGCUGUUAAACCCUUAGAACAACAAUUCGAAAACCCCCCCAAAAAAUACCCAUCAUAUCUUGACACCAAUGAGUUAUCAUCAAGAGCAAGAAUUGUAUGUGAAAUGUUAGCUAGGGUUUACCCGGGUGAAGUCGAAACUGGAUUAUCCACAUUGGGAAUGAAUCUUGAGCCUGAAGUUGUUGAAGAAAUUAUAAAGUUUUCAUACGGGUAUCCCGAAACGGUUGUUAUGUUUUUCAAGUGGGUCGGUUCGAGGCAAAAGCAUUCGCCUUUGAUGUGGAAUUUGAUUGUGGAUUUACUUGGGAAGAAUAAGAUGUUUGACCAGAUGUGGGAAGCGAUUAGAUCGAUGAAGCAGGAAGGGGUUUUGUCGUUGACGACGUUUGUUUCGGUUUUCGGGAGUUAUUGUGAGGUUGGGAAGUUUUCUGAAGCGGUGAUGACGUUUGAUUUGAUGAAAAUUUAUGGGGUUGAACCGGAUGUUGUGGCGGUGAACUCGCUUUUGAGUGCUAUCUGUCGUGACGAAACGCAGACAGCGAAAGCGUAUGAGUUUUUCGAGAAAGUGAAGACGAGGAUAUCGCCGGAUGGAGAUACGUAUGCGAUUUUGUUUGAAGGGUGGGAGAAGGAACGUGAUGUGGCUCGAGCUAAAACGUUGUUUGGAGAGAUGGUGGUUAAUGUCGGGUGGAGCUCGAAGUACACGUCGGCUUACGAUGCGUUCUUGACCACUUUGGUUAACGCUUCACAGAUCGACGAGGCAUUAAACUUUCUUCAGGUCAUGAAGGGGAAGAAGUGUUUGCCGGGUUUAAAAUUCUUCUCUAACGCGCUUGAUUCUCUUGUUCAGAAGAAUGAUUCCGUUAACGCUUUAUCGUUAUGGGAUACGAUGAUGACGGGUGAGUUGACCCCGACUUUGACCAUGUAUAACACCAUGAUCGGUUUGCUAUGCAACAACGAUGAAAUCGCUAACGCGUUCCAAUUUUUGGAUAAUAUGCCAUACCGUGGGGUUUUCGCGGAUUCCGUAACCUACAACGUAGUUUUCCGAUGUCUGAUAAAGAACAAGAAGGUGAAAGAAGCAGGGAAGUUUUUCACCGAGAUGAUCAAGAACGAACAACCUCCGACACCUGCAAACUGUUCUGAUGCGAUGUCAUUGUUCUUUGAUCAUGAUGAUCCUGAGAUGGCGUAUGAGGUUUGGGCCUAUGUGAAGGAGGAGGGCGUUACGCCCGUUGAAGAUAGCGCGAAUGCUUUACUUGUCGGGCUUGCUAGUUUGGGCCGGCUGUCGGAGUUUAGGAGAAACUUCGAAAAGUUUCUGAAAGGAACAGUUAAGAUCUAUGAGUCUACGAUGGAGAAGUUGAAGAUCGCGUGCCAGAGGGAGGGGAAAAAAGCUUGUGAGUUGUACGAUGAUCUUGAUCGGAAAUGGAGAUAUUCGUAGAUGUUUUUCGCUGCGUUACUAGUGAUUUUAGUCAUUUAGGGUUUAAAGUUUAAACACAUGAACAGGUACCUCCCGGUAGAUUUUUUUUAUAAUGACUUGUUUUUGCAGUAUUUGUUUCUUGUUAAGGCAUUAAUCUUCUUUUUUAA